GGAUGUUACUUGUGAAGUAAUGUAGGACAGCCCUGUCUCUCUGCAUGUCUCACGGUGAAGGCAGGAGCUGCAGGGUGUAAUUUCAUGGAUCUGGGUUUUGUGCAGACACGCGUUCAGAGUGUGCUGCUGCUGCGGAAGCAACAAUUUAUUUUUGGCAUCUGACAUUAAAGCUCACCCUUUGCAAUGGCAGCGGCCCCACAAAGCCGCCACAGCACCGUGUUGAGUGGACAUCUUUUUUCGUCCUCUUACACUUUGUGAACAGGCAGAGUAAUAAUGACGGACACCGUGUUAUAACCGGGACUGAGCAGCACGGGACACGCUGUGUUGUGUCAGCGACCUGUUGUGAGCUGUAAGAGGAGAACAGUUGUGCAGCUGCGGCGGUGAACCAGCAUCACAGCCAUCAUGACCAAAGAGGAGGAGAUCCCUGACUGGGUGGGAGCCCAGGAGUUCUACGACAAGUAUGACCCCAAGGAGAUUCUGGGACGGGGAGUGAGCAGUGUGGUGCGUCGCUGUGUUGACAAACGGACGUCUCAGGAGUACGCGGUGAAGAUCAUCGACAUCACCCCCUCGGACAAGAUGACCCCGCAGGAGAUCGACGAGAUCAGAGAGGCGACGGUGAAGGAGAUCGACAUCCUCAAGAAAGUCUGCGGACAGGACAACAUCAUACAGCUCAAAGACUGCUACGAGUCCAAAGCCUUCUUCUUCCUGGUUUUUGACCUGAUGAAGAGGGGUGAGCUUUUUGACUACCUCACGGAGAAAGUUACUCUGAGUGAGAAGGAAACCAGGAAGAUCAUGCGUGCUCUGCUGGAGGUGGUCCAGUAUCUCCACGGCCAGAACAUCGUCCACCGGGACUUGAAGCCAGAGAACAUCCUUUUAGACGACGAGAUGAACAUCAAACUCACCGACUUUGGCUUCGCUGUGCAAAUCAAGCCGGGACAGAAGCUCAAAGGUGUCUGUAACGCAGAGGUGUGUGGGACCCCUGGUUACCUCGCUCCUGAGAUCAUCGAGUGCUCCAUGGACGCAGGGCACGCAGGAUAUGGUGCUGCUGUGGACAUAUGGAGUUCAGGGGUGAUCAUGUACACGCUGCUUGCAGGCUCUCCGCCCUUCUGGCACAGGAAACAGAUGAUGAUGCUGCGUAUGAUUUUGACCGGGAGCUACGACUUCUCGUCUCCAGAAUGGGAAGACCGCUCAGACACCGUUAAAGAUUUGAUCUCUCGGAUGCUGGUGGUGGACCCAAAGCAGCGAUUCACAGCUGGUGAUGUUCUCAACCACUCGUUCUUUUCACAGUAUGUGGUGGAUGAAGUACGACAGUUCAGUCCGUACAGACGCUUCAAGGUCAUUUGCAUGACUGUUCUCGCCACAAUGAGGAUCUACUGCAACUACCGCCGUGCCAAGCCCGUCACCAAAGAGGUGAUCAAGAGUGACCCGUACGCUGUCAAGCCCAUCCGCAAGCUCAUUGACGCGUGUGCAUUCAAGAUCUACGGCCACUGGGUCAAGAAGGGCCAAACUCAGAACAGAGCAGCACUUUUCGAGAACACUCCCAAGGCCAUCCUGCUGUCGAUGGCAGCUGAGGCCGACGAGCCGAUCCACCACAUCUGGUAACGAGCACUUGUUCCUCAGGACAGAUCUGCUGGAGGUAAUGGGGAUGCUCUUCUCCAUUGUGUAAAAGACAUUAACCCACUACUAGCAGACACGGUUAAUUUAAGUUUGUCUUGAAUGUGGAGAGCAUAUUUUGCAAUGCAGCACUGGUUAAUAAAGUGGGAUUGUUUUACCUCAAGAACUGCUCACUAAGUGUGGCUUACAUACCACUGUUCAACACUUGCUUUCUGUCCUCUGAAAAUUGAGUUGUUCUCUCUUUGAUGCGUGUUUAAAGCAAAUUGAGCCAGAAGCCACCAUAUCGUUAUCAACGAGGCAGUUUCUUUUAACACCAUGCGACAAUCUCCAUAUCUCAGAUGUGGACACGAGGUUUCCACCUCAUCUUUUACUAUAUGAAUUAUAACCUUGUUUUAAUGUUUUGUUCAAGAUUAAAAUAUAGAUUUCAAUCUUAAAUUAUCAUGUUCAGAAUCAGUUGAAGAGUUCCUGGUUGUGUAGAUGAUGCCCUGCCGCAAUACGUGACUCUUUUCCUUACAAACAUCUGUUUUGUCAGAACUGAAGCCUUGGCGCAGCAGUCAAAGCAAAACUUGUGGAAAUAACCUACAAAAUUUAGCUACUAUGAAAGUGAACCUGCGUACUUGAAAUGGCAUGGACUUGUGUACUGUGUGGCUAUUUGAUCAUUAUGCAGGAUGUACUACUUACUGUACUAGUAACAGCUUCAAGGGAAGAUGAUAGCACUUUAAAAUGUAUGCUAUGGAUUUAUUUAUUAAAAAUGAUUUUAAUUUAAAA